AGCGUAAUCAAGCAGGUGAAAAUGGCUGAAUCACAGAGAGGGACGGUGCAGGGCAGGAAGAGAUGGAGUUUACCACAGAGAGGUGAGACGGAACAGAACAAAGACAGAACCCUCAUUCCCGAUGAGGAAAUGGAAAGAAAACUGGUGGUUCCUUUCAGAGGUCACAUCUCCGGCGGACUUCGGCCAGGGAAGAAGCUUGUAAUUGUGGGUGUUGUGGAUCCCCAUCCUGAUCGGUUCUACAUCGCUCUAACGUGCGGCCGUGGAACGUCCAGAGAGCCUCCUCCUAAUGUGGCAUUGGAGCUGUGUGUUCGAUUCAGGGACCGCCAAAUCCUGAGGAGAGCCUGUGUGUCUGGAGCCUGGGGAGACUUGGACAGAGCGGCACCCUUCUUCCCAUUCAUCAGGGACCAGCCCUUUAAGAUUGAGCUUCACUGUGAGCAGAGCAGACUCCGUGGGUUUGUUGACGGGCAGAAGCUGUUUGACUUCCUCCACAGAGUUAUGCCGCUCAGCAACAUUGACACGUUAUGGAUCAAAGGCAGCAUAGCCAUCACUAAACUGGCUUGAAACCAAUGACUUUUAAAGGAGCCAGCUCAUGAGAGAAAAUGUAGGCACAAAAUAUGGUAAAAUAUUACCAAUGGUCCUUUUGAGACGUCAUGUUAUCUUAAAUAUGAGUUGCUUUCAUUUAUACCCGAAAAUGAAACCGUUGACGAAACGCAGCUAGAACUGCCUCUUAGGCAAGUUAAUUAUUGCGUUGGCUAUGGUAGUCCAGAGAAUUUUUGUAUUUUAGUUUUCUUGAUUGUUUUCUGCAAAAUAUUUUGUGUCUCUGAAGAUCUUUGGAGUUGAAUUUGGUCAUUCUCAAGCAGCAUUUUAGUUGAUUUACUCUGCUCACCUCACAUGGACUCACACUGAUUAAAUAAACCAAGAAAAUAAAAUAUUUGUCCUUAUAUUUUAAACAGCGUACCAAUAAAGGGUUGAAAACACAAUACUUCAAACCCCUUUUUUCAAAAUUAGAGUUUUAGGAGAUCAAUUUAGAAAUCCAGUUCUUUUGUUGGUGAGCAGAUUAAAAGGUAAAAAAAGGGUUGACUUUUGCAGAUUAUAUAUUAUUUUAACAGCAGACAGGUGAAGGUGGGACACAAACAUUUAAAAAAGGAACUUUUUUUUUUAAUUACGCCGACUAGCCAGAAUGAAGCCCCUGCUGUCCAGAGUACAUUUAGAGACUGUCACACAUGCUUUUGUUCUAUUAAGGCUCGACUACUGCAAUGCACUGUGUGCCGGCCUUAGUCAGGGUGCGGUAGCACGCUUUCAGUUAGUACAAAACUCAGCCGCUAGGUUCGUGACAGGCACUAGGUGCAGGGAACAUAUCACCCCUGUGUUGGCGUCCCUUCAUUGGCUGCCUGUGCAAUACAGGGCAAAAUUCAAAGUCUUGGUACUGGCAUACAAGGCUUUCCAAGGAACUGCUCCAGCAUGUCUUGGAAACCUUUUGCACAGACAUGCCCCCUCGCGGGCCCUUCGCUCAGCCGGCAGGGAGCUGUUGAUCGUUCCACGCACUAAGUGCAGGUCACGGAAGGGCCGUGCGUUCUCUGUGUUGGCACCUGCACUUUGGAACCAGUUGCCUUUGGCGGUACAUCAACCACCCUCAUUGGGGGUUUUCAAGACUCGCCUUAAGACCCAUUUUUUUGCCAAGGCAUUUCAGGAUUAGCAAAUUUUACCGGGUUUCGAUGCCCCGGCCUCUUGAUCUUUUUCAGGAUUUUAUUUUUUGCUUUUACUCUCCUGUUUUAAUUGAUUUUAUGUUGGUUUUACGAUUGUUAUAUUUUAUUCUGAUGGUUUUAUGUUUUUAUUGUGUUGUGUUCAGCACCUUGGGCAUCUGCAUUGGUCGCAGAAGGGGCUUUAUAAAUAAAUGAAAUGAAACUUCUAAAAAACAUUUUCUUCAUUCUUAGUUGUGGACUAAUCUUUAGACCACAUUGCAGCUGAACAUUUAUGUGUCGGCUGCACAGUGGUGUGGUGGUUAGCGUUGUUGCUUUGCAGCAAGCAGGUCUUGGGUUCAAAUCCCUGUCUUUCUGCAAGGAGGUUGUAUGUUCUCUCUCUGGGUACUCUGACUUCUGCCUUCAGUCCAAAAACAUGACUGUCUGUUUUACUGGUCUCUCUAGAGCUCCGUCUGCCUGCCCAGAGUAUGCUGGAGAUAGGCACCAGCCCCCCAAGUGGUUGUAGAGAAUAGAUGUUCGUGUUUCUUCUUAAGUCGUCUGCAGUUGGGAAGUGAAACAGCAUCAGAGUAAACCCGAUUUUCUUUGUUUUGGUUUUAUGUGGCUUUUGCCCCUCCUGGCUGAAUGUGUGUCAUGUCCUGCUCUGCUGAUGUUGGUGAUAUGGGCAAGGGCACCCCCAGUAAUGAGUAAAGAAAUAAUCAGAAUAAAAAUACAUGUUUCUGCUGCUCACCAUGGGAUUUUUAGGUAAAAAAUACCUAAAAAUCCCAUAAAUUAGGGAUACCAUUUUAAAUAACUGAAAUGUAUAUAUCAGAAAUGUUUGUGUUUGUAAAAUUUAAGCUAAAUGUUUUAGAUACGUACUGUUAUUUUAAUCAAAACAAUAAAGGCACAAUGCAGUACAUCGCCACAGGCUAAACUCUCCCAGACUUACCACAAGGACCAAUUUGGUGUGCUACCCCAAACAUUUCUUUGGUGCCAUCUGGCCACCCCUAUCAAAAUUUCUGGAGGCGCCCCUGGAUAUGGGUAAGGGAAAUCCGAGCACAGCCUGUUUCUACACCAGGACACAUUUUACCGUGUCCUGGUGUAGAAACAGUCAUCAUCCUUCAUGGACACCAGGAGAGUAACGAUGAUGCCGUCUGCUCUGAACAGGUCCCUGUGGUUCCCCUCCCAUCCCAAGUCAUCAUCAGCAUGUGGUUCAUUUGACACUAACCCGCAUUGACGGUCUAAUCAUUCAGAUGAUCUACAGUCUCAUGGGGCUUCUAUCUUCUUCGGUUUCAUGGAGAUGAUCCUCUAUUAUCACCUACUUCCUGCACUCAUCAAUAAUACACCACAGCCACAGUUCACCGACCUGCUAUGCAGCCUUAAACAGAAUACCUUGUGUGUGUGUGUGUGUGUGUGUGUGAGAGAGAGAGAGAGAGAGAGAGAGAGAGAGAGAGAGAGAGAGAGAGAGAGAGAGAGAGAGAGAGAGAGAGAGAGAGAGAGAGAGAGGUCACUUGUGCCAGAUGUGUUUUUCUGCUGGGAAUAGUGACAGAGGAUCAUUCUUUACCCAUAAGGUGGUCCCAUGAUUCUGAGAGGUGGGGGGCAGACUGAGAAUCUAAAAGUCAGUUUUAAUUUUAGCAUGCUGAUUAUUUGAAUGUGGUAACAGACACUUUAGGGCCAUUUUUAGAACCCAAGAACAGGUGAUUUGGUCAUUAGAGAACAAACUGAAAGAUCAGGUAGAGGCUCUGGCCCCGGUAGGCUGGCGUUAUGUUCAGUCGACCUAUCAGCCACUAAGGUUGUGCAAACUGGCCUGAACUGGGCCUCACCAGUUGAGGCCCAGGUGCUGGACACCCUGAACAUGGCUCCAGUCCAUCACAGAGACACACACACAACCAGUCCCACACAAUGAGUCCCCAGUCAGCCUCACACACAUGCUUUUGGUCUGUGGAAAGAACCCUGAGAAAACCCACACAUGCAUAAGGAGAACAUGCUGACUCCACACAGAAAGGCCUCUCUCUCCAGCCACUUUCACCAGCUCCGCCAGGGGGACACAAAGGUGCUCCCAGUCCUGCCAAGACAUCUAAUCCUCCUAUGGUGAGUGUGUGGCCCAGCUAUUGCCUAAAGGUGUCCCAAUAAUUACCAGUUAUUAUUAACGAUGUAUUGUUUAUCAGCUGUGAUCAUAUUACCAGUUAAAAGUACAAUAAAGCUGAUAAGCACAUUUGGGUUUACUCUACACUUCCCCAAAUAAAGCAUUUUACACGUUUUUGUCUAUUGAAUUCUAAAAUUUUUAAAAGUAAAAAAUAAUAAAUACAAAAAUUACCUCAAAGAAUGUAAAAUCAUACAUUUGUUUACUAUUUUCACCCACUUUCAUUUUAAUAUUCAUUUCAUAUCUAUUUAAAUGUUUUUAUAAAUAAUUUUACUCAAGUAAACAAUAAAUCAUCACGUCUGUCACCAACAAGCUGAACGUAGAAGAACAGUUAAACUAAAAGAUGUCGUUGAAAGAAGCAGAAAAAGAUCACAUUUUACUUUUACAUAUUUAUUAAGAAGGCAGUGAUUUUAAACAGUAAAUAAAUCCUAAGAAUCAACUUUUCACUCUCCUCUGCCACACAUCUAAAAACUCUAGUGAUGUGCUGUUAUUCAAAAUUUUAUUAUGUGAUAUUUCAACACUGGGGCUGUUCUGUAAACCUCCAGUGAUUGUGUUAGAGCUUUAGAGGUCGUCUGUGAAUGCAGAGAGAUGAAACAGAUCUGUGGCGCAAGCCUUCACACUGUUCUAAACACCGAGACAUCUGUCUGCAUCAAAGCCAGAUGUUUCUACAUAGAUUCCUCUUUCAGACUUAAGGCCUUGUACACACGUAGCUGGGAUGUUGUAAAACCAAACACCCCCGGGGUUCACACCACCUCAUUUUCAGCUAAAGAAUCCGGUUCAUUGUGAAGCGUUCAUCAGCAUCCUAAACCUGUAGGUGGCAGUGGCUCUCCAAAGCGUCAGCGUCUUUGCCAAAAAACAUUCCUUGGAUGUGGAGUUACUAGGUGACAGGCAAAAACCUGUUGUCUAGAGCAGUAAUUGAGCUUUUACAGGUGAAACCGGAAAUAUUAGAAUAAGGUGCAAAAGAUCAUUUAUUUCAGUGAAACUAAUAUGUGAGAUAGGCUCAUUACACGCAGAGCCCGAUAUUUCUGCAUUUAUUUGUUACAAUUCUGAAGAUUAUGGCUUACAGCUUAUGAAUACUCACCCAUGCAUCCAUUAUUGUCUGCUUUUCCGGAGUCGGGUCACGUGGGCAUCAGCCUAAGAGAGAUCCAGACUUCCCUCUCCCCAACCACUUGGGCCAGCUCCUCAGAGGGAAACCCAAGGUGUUCCCUGGCCAGGUGAAAGACAUAGUCCUUCCAGUGUGUCCUGGGUCUUCCUUUGGGUCUCCUCCCGUUUGGACGUGUCUGGAAAACCUGGAGGCCUCUGGGAGGCAUCCCAACUAGAUGCCUGAGCCAUUCCCAACUGGCUUUUCUCGACGUGGAGGAACAGUGGAUCUACUCUGAGCCCCUCCCGGAUGACUAAGCUUCUCACCCCAUCUCUAAGGGAGAGCCUGCACACCCUGCAGAGAAAAUUAAUUUUGGCUGGUUUGGUUUCCGCGAUCUCAUUCUUUUGGUCAAUACCCAAAGUUUGUGACCAUAUGUGAGGGUAGGAACAUAGAUUGACCGGUAAAUGGAGAGUUUAUAUCGCCCGCAUCACUGCAGACGCAGCACCAAUCUGCCUGUCGAUAUCGUGCUCCAUCUUUCCCUCACUUGUGAACACGACCCCGAGAUACUGAAACUGUUCCACUUGGGCUGUCAUGGUCUGGGUCUGCCCUCAUGUGUCUCCUUGUGUUCCUAAUUUGUCCCCAGAUCUGCAGCCCUCUAGGUUUCCCUCCCCAGGUAUCCCCCUCCCAGGUCCAGUGCUCCCGUGGUCCCCCUUAGGCCUAGUCCACAUGUAGCUGUUUUUUUAAACGAAUAUCCGCCCCUCCAAAAACUUGUCCACACCACCUCGUUUUAAAAAAACUCUGUCCACACGUACCCGGAUAAAUACGUUGUUAAGGACAUGCCAGACCUGUAGGCGGCAGUACUUCCCCCGUUCUUAACCUCGUCCUUCGUCUGUGGUCUUCCGCAAGGAGCAGUAAUUCCUCUUGCAAAAACAAACAAGCAAAAAGCGCUUGGACAAUUGAUAAAGCGAGCGCAGCUCUGAGGGCAUCCAUGCUGUCAGCUAGUGUAAACACAGGUCGCACACGUGAUGUCAGCAUUUUUUGUUGCGGAAAGUGACGUUGCGGACCUUAAAACUCCGGUUUUGUCUGUCCACACGCAGACACCCAAAACGGAGAAAACGCAGAUCUUCACUUUGGCCGGAGUUUUUAAAAAGAUCCGUUUUUGUGUGAAAAAACCCCGUUUUCGUGUGGAUGACAGGCCAAAACGUAGAAAAAUAUCUAGGUUUUGGCAGAUCUCCGGCUACGUGUGGACAGGGCCUGAAACUCUUCCACUUGGGCCGUUAUGGUCUGCGUCUGCCCUCAUGUGUCUCCUUGUGUUCCUCAUUUGUCCCCAGAUCUGCAGCCCUCUAGGUUUCCCUCCUCAGGUAUCCCCCUCCCAGGUCCAGUGCUCCCGUGGUCCCCCUUAGUCACACCCCUGUAGUUUUUCCUUUCUGUAGUGUUUUCCUUUAGUUUCAGCUGUUCAUUUUAUUAGUCUCUUUAGUGUGUUUUUCCCACCGGUGUUUGUGGUCCCCCCCUUAGAAUAUUAGUAAUGUUUGCUGCUCUUCUUGUCUUUAGGUUUUACUCUUAGGUCAUGUUAGUUUCCUCCCUGAUUAGUUAAUUGCUUUCACUUGGUUUCUCUCCCCUCACACCUGCAGCUCAUCUCCCUCUCAUCCUCCCCAGUGUAUAAAACCCUGUCUGUGUCUUAGUGUUUUGUCAGUCCAUUGUUUGUGUCAGCGUUGUUUUGUUCCCCUCCACUUGGUCUCUAGGUUUGUGCUCUUUAAGUGAGCUUUAGUCUCCAGGAUUUUAGGACAUUGGUUUUUUUGGCUUCCUGCCCCUUUGGAUUUUGAGCUUUGGUCUCCAGGAUUUUAGGACAUUUGUUUUUCUCAUCCAAAUAAAAGGGAUUAUACUUUACAAAUCGCUCCUGCCUCGUGUCGUCUGGUGUUUCUGCACUUUGGGUCCAAACCUCCUCCUGGCUCACAUCGUGACAGGGGCAGGACCUCGGCCCUAACCCAGAGAAGGCAAAGCUCAUGACCAUAGCUGAGGGUAGGAACAUAGAUCGACUGGUAAAUCUUAUGAAAAAUCUUGUCAAAACUCCACAUUCAAAGUCUCAAACAAUUAGAAUAUUUUAAAAAGGUUUUAUAUUCUAGACUCAAAGUGUCCCACUCUAAUCAACGAAUGAAUCCUGAACACCUGCAAACGGUUCCUGAGCCUUCAGAUCAGAGGUAUUCAAUGCCGGGCCUGGAGGGCCAGCAGGGCCGUGCAGAGACCUUUGAAGGAGCCGGUGCUCAAAGUUAAAAAGGGGCACACAGAGUAAGUUUUUAAAACAGAUUCACAAUCCAGCAAGUUUGAAAAUUCAGAUAACGAGAGGUUAAAACAACAUAAUAUAAACUAGGAAAUUUUUUUUAUUUUGUGUUACCAAUUGAAGAUAAUAUUUCUUUAAUAUUUGCUUUACUUUUUAAAGCUGACUUAUAUCUAGAGGCGUUACAACCACAUUUUUGCCCCUGAUCCGAGUAAUUAGAUCUUCCAAUAAAGAUUCCUGUUCUGAUACGAGGUGGUAAUGCAAUGCAUUAAAAAGAAGAAAAAUGGGAGAACACCCAAGUUGUCCUUCUUUCUGUCAUUUAUUUAAUCCAUCCUUAUAAAGUCCUUCAUCCAGAAACAUUGAACAGUAUGCAACCACAGAAAGUUAUCCAGUGUGAUCUACAGCUAUGUUAGCGAAGAUCUUUUUCCUGUUUGUAGGAAAUUCCCGAUCCAGUUCUGUGAUCUCACUCUGAACUUAUACAAAACCUGAGAGCUCUGCCACCAACCCAACAACAUCUCUCUUUUGACCAUAAUUAUAACUGUGCCACCUGGUAUCUUUUUUGUUUUAUGGCUGUAAAACCGUAAUAAAAAGUUUCAAAUGUUUGUAACUCUGCUCCUUCUUCAGAACAACCUCAGCUUUCAGUGCUGGUUUGUAUUUAGUUUUUAUGUUUAUUAAAGCGUGGAAAAAUGCAGCUUAAAUGUAAAAAAAUAAAAUAAAAUCAACAGCCUAAUAAAAAAGGCUGGUUCUGUUCUGGGGAUGACUGUGGAACCGCUGGAGGAGAUGAUGCAAAGAAGGAUUCUCCAGAGAAUCAACAAAAUGAUGGACAACCUUGAGCAUUCUCUUCACAAGACUGUCCGACAACAGAAGAGUGUCUUCAGUCAGAGGCUUCUUCAGUUUGGCUGCAACACUGACCGCUACUGGAGAUCCUUCCUGCCAACAGCCAUUGUAAUAUACAACAACUCUUUGAUGACUUGAUUAUUAUUAUUAUUAUUAUUCUGAGCUACUACAGCAAUCAAUUUCCCUCUGGGAUUAAUAAAGUAUUUUUGAAUUGAAUUGAA